UUGUCUUAUUCUUUAAACCGGCCUUUAUAUAUUGAAUUCGAGUCAUAUACAAGACGUGAACGAUCCUUAGGAGUUAGGAAGAAAUCUUAUCAGAGGAAGACUUGCCGUAUAUGUUUUGACGAUGAUUUUGAAGUUGAUCAGAUGCUUUCCGUAGCUUUAUGCGGUCAUCAAUUCUGUGUAGAGUGCAUGAAACAGUAUGUAGAAGCGAUGCUACUCGAGGGAAGAGUACCGAGAUGUCCUCAUUAUCAGUGCGGGUCUAAGCCAACUCUUAGAAGUUUUGCCAGUCUUUUGACACCUAAACUAAAAAAGAUUUUAUUGCCCAAAUCCGAUGUGCUCGGCUUUAAUGUACUAAAGGACAUAUGAGAUGUUGCUUCAAAUGUUCUAAACCCUUUUGCAUCAACUGCAAAGUCCCAUGGCAUAAUAACAUGUCCUGCGGUGAUUACAAGAGUCUGGUUCCAAAUCCUACAACAAAUGACAUGAUGCUAAAAGCUCUAGCAAAUCAGAAGAUGGGCGUCAUGAUCGAACGUGUUGUAGGAUGCAUUCAUGAUAAUACGCGUUUAUAUUCUUUCCUUAUUAAUAAUUAUUCUCACAGUUCGUGGGAUAUUAUUCUGCAUAGAACAAUAGAAAUCGGUUUUGUUGAUUGUUUAUGUUGCUGGAAAAACGAUUUUGGCAUAAGAGAAAAAAAAAGGACGUAGAUGAGGCUUGGUUAAGUUUUACCUUUCAUGGCUCAUCUCCUUGUAACAAUAAAAGGAUAAGGAGAAAAAUCAUGAGGGCACUGAUUAGUACUAAAUUUAUGAAAACUUUUCUGUAUUAGACAGAAGUCAGAACAGAAGUGACCCUUAAGUCCGAAAAUUUAUCCAACUAAUGGAAACAAAAAAUAAGUCUUAAGAAACUAACCAACAAAAUGAAAAAGAGAAAAAAAAACAUAAUCAAAGUAUCAAACU